AUGGACACUGCUACGGUUAUGGAAUUAAUCCCCACACCUGCACCGACCUGGAGUGCAGCACCGUGCGGUGCGGUGGAACAUAGUCGGGGCAAACGCGAGAGCAAACUUUGGUGGUCACCUGAGGGAAGUGCUACAAAACGUCCUGCACACGAAGCACUACUAGAAUCCCAACACAAGCAUUUAGGAGCUGAGUCUAAGAGCAGCAAACUUGAACAAAAGCCUGUGGCUACAGCUGGGUGCCCCAGCCGGGGCUCUAACGGCUCAUCUCGUGGGUAUCACCAGCAUCAGCCUACGAGCAUCAUUCCAGUGGAGUCCAACAAGCCAUUGAUAUCUAGCUCUAGGGCACCGUCAGCUCCUGAACUCGCCGCAGUUCACCCUGUCUAUUAUAGGAGAAUGGAACGGCCUUCACAUACCCAACGGACUCCUGAGGAGGUCGAGCUUGCGCUCGAAGUGCUAAAUGACGAGCUGGCAGGGGCUUCGCCGCUUGACCGCCCCUCACUCGAGCUGGCUACUCAAGCCCUAACCGAGCGACUUGUUCAAAUGAGAAAAGAGCAACAGCAGCAGACAGCUAGCAUUGUUCCCACAUCAUCAAGCAUUAACAGGCAAAGCACCUUUGAAUACACGAAAUCGCUACAGGCCGUCAUUGUCGGCGAGGGCUCACAGAAAUACACGCUCAUAAGGAUCCCCAAACAAGAUGACAUGGUAGGCGACGUAUACCUGGUUCGCGGAGACCCAAAGGCAGAGUAUCACUACCAAACAGCCUUAGAGACGCUAAAUUCUCUUCAGUCAAGAAACAUAAUGUCCGACGUCACUGGAGGCGGCAGGAUGGACGUUUUGAAGGACGACAGGAAGGUUCAAAUUUAUGGCUAUUCAUACCAGUACGGGGCUGCAGACCAUUCCAUUACUGCGAAGAUGAUGAAGGAACAUCUAGGAGACGAGUUUCUCGUGUCAUUUGGCAACUAUGGUUAUUAG